ACACAGUCACUGACACUGAGAGGAGAAAUGGCACAGAAAGGAGUUCAGCUGGACCGAGAAACCUUCUCUUGUUCCAUCUGUUUGGAUCUACUGAAGGAUCCAGUGACUACAGCCUGUGGACACAGCUACUGCAGGAACUGUAUUAAAAGUUUCUGGGAUGAAGAGGACAGGAAGGGAAUCCACAGCUGCCCUCAGUGCAGGAAGACUUUCACACCGAGGCCUGUCCUGGAGAAAAACAUCAUGUUAGCAGCUUUAGUGGAGCAGCUGAAGAAGACUGGACUCCAAGCUGCUCCAGCUGAUCACUGCUAUGCUGGACCUGAAGAUGUGGCCUGUGAUGUCUGCACUGGGAGGAAGCUGAAAGCCAUCAAGUCCUGUUUAGUCUGUCUAGCCUCUUACUGUGAGAAACACCUCCAACCUCACUAUGAUGCAGCUCCAUUAAAGAAACACAAGCUGGUGGCCCCCUCCAAGAAGCUCCAGGAGAACAUCUGCUCUCGUCAUGAUGAGGUGAUGAAGAUUUUCUGUCGUACUGAUCAGCAGAGUAUCUGUUAUCUCUGCACAGUGGAUGAACAUAAAGGCCAUGAAACAGUCCCAGCUGCAGCAGAAAGGACUGAGAAGCAGAAGGAGCUCGAGGUGAGACGACUAAACAUCCAGCAGAGAAUCCAGGAGCGAGAGAAAGAUGUGAAGCUGCUUCAACAGGAGGUGGAGGCCAUCAAUGGCUCUGCUGAUAAAGCAGUGGAGGACAGUGAGAAGAUGUUCACUGAGCUGAUCCGUCUCAUCCAGAAAAGAAGCUCUGAUGUGAAGCAGCAGGUCAGAUCCCAGCAGGAAACUGAAGUGAGUCGAGUCAAAGAGCUUCAGGAGAAGCUGGAGCAGGAGAUCGCUGAGCUGAAGAGGAAAGACGGCGAGCUGGAGCAGCUCUCACACACAGAGGAUCACAACCAGUUUCUACACAACUACCCCUCACUGUCAGCACUCAGUGAGUCUACACACUCAUCCAGCAUCAAUAUUCGUCCUCUGAGGUACUUUGAGGAUGUGACAGCAGCUGUGUCAGAGACCAGAGAUAAACUACAGGACAUUCUGAGAGAGGAAUGGACAAACAUCUCACUGACAGUCACUGAAGAGGAUGUUUUACUGUCACCACCAGAGCCAAAGACCAGAGCUGGAUUCUUAAAAUAUGCAUGUGAAAUCACACUGGAUCCAAACACAGCAAACACACAUCUGUUAUUAUCUGAGGGGAACAGAAAAGCAACAUUUAUGAAACAACAACAGUCUUAUUCUGAUCAUCCAGACAGAUUCACUGGAUGGUGUUUUCAGGUCCUGAGUAGAGAGAGUCUGACUGGACGUUGUUACUGGGAGGUGGAGUGGAGAGGGGGAGGAGUUUGUGUAGCAGUCGCAUACAAGAAUAUCAGCAGAAAAACGGGCCUAAAUGAAUGUUUUUUUGGAUACAAUGACAAAUCUUGGGCAUUACGUUGUGACACAAGCAGUUACAAAUUUUGGCACAACAAAGUCCAAACUGUCCUCUCAGGUCCUCGGUCCUCCAGAGUAGGAGUGUACCUGGAUCACAGAGCAGGUAUUCUGUCUUUCUACAGCGUCUCUGAAACCAUGACUCUCCUCCACAGAGUCCAGACCACAUUCACUCAGCCGCUCUAUGCAGGAAUUUUUCUUUGGUUUGAUGGAGACACUGCAGAGUUGAUUAAAGUCAAAUAGAGAAGACAGGUUCAUGUUGAUCCCUGACCAUUAUAUGUACUUGUGCAGUUUCUAAAUGAGGCUUUACAUUUUAGAAGCUGAGAAGUUCAGUGGUCCAUUGAUGUGUGAAAAUAAUAUUGCACUGAUUCAAACUGUACUUACAUUUAUAUACCUUACAUCAAUAUAAAUCUGAAUUUGUUCUUAUGGCUGAUAAUCA